AUGGAUUUGAAGUCGGAGCUUCAACAACUUUGGGGUAUAGCUUCUGCUUGGCAAUUGAUUCCGUUGGGAAAGGGCUAUUAUACACUCCGAUUUACUAUGGCGACUGAUAAAGCUAUAGCGAAGGAGAAGGCGAUCUGGAAACUCUCGAAGGGGAAUCUUCGGCUCCGGGAGUGGACUUGCAAUUUUGAUCCGUUCAAGAAAAACUCUCAUUUGGCUAACGUGUGGGUCAGAAUUCAUUACCUUCCAAUCGAGUACUGGAAUCCACAAGUUAUCUCUGGAAUUGGACGUUUCUUGGGCCACCCUUUGAAGAUCGAUGGUGCGUCGGCAGGAAGAGAUUUUGGACAGUUCGCCCGUAUUCUUGUUGAAAUAGAUAUGUCACUUCCUAUCCCUAAUACUAUACUUAUUGAUAUGGAGGAGUUCUCAUUUCAUGUGGAAUUUGUUUUCGAAAAUCUUUCCCUUUAUUGUGGUCGUUGCAAGAUUACGGGACAUUCUCCCAAUGGAUGCCGCAAGAACAAAUCGGUGGCGCCGGGGGAGGCGAAGGAUACGAAUACGGCGCUGCCGAAGCAGCCGCAGCCGAUUAUCCAAAAAUCCCAGCCACAGCCGGUGCUUGAGUGGCAGCAGGUCGGUGGAAAGCAGCAGGUUGGGAAUGAGCCGGUAGAGGCUGAAUCGGAUCAGGUUGGGUCCAAGAUUAGUGAACCGAAGAAGUUGUUGGGGAACUCUUUUGGAUCCUUGGUGGCAGAAGAUGUUGAGGAGGAAGACUUGGAGGUGGUAGAUGAGGAUAUUGAUGGGGAGUCUACAGAGGGACGCCUGGCUGCGAGUCCCAUGAAGGAUUUUGAGGGGCGUAAUGAUGACUUCGACUGUGAGGCCAGCGGCUUACAGAAGAAAGAGUUAGCCCUUGCGAACGCUAUCAGAGCACAACGUCUGGAGCGUGAGCUGGAGAAAGAGCCAAACUCUUUGGCGUAG